AUGGCAGUCAACGCGCCAACGUACCUGGAGCCUGACGGCUUCAUCUCGCCAGCAGCGGCGCCGACGAGGCUAAUCGUCGUCUUCGAAGUGGACCUGCAGCUCGGAACGGAAGGUGCAAGGCUCAGCCUGUGUCCGACCUUCUUGCCCAUCGCCACACCCGAAGAUCCGGGCAUUUGCGGCUGCGGCACCGCAGAGGAUUGUGCAGCCCAAUGCCUCACAGAAGCCACCAUGACGGUGGAGCUCGUGAGCCCGCACGUGCUCAUCGCAGACUUUGGAUCCCUCCUCCGCCCUCGCACCGGGUGCCCUUACGUGGCCGUGAUGGAGGCCGGAUUCCUGGAGACCCAGCUUGCUCCAAGCAAUCCGUCACCGAGGACCGAGUGGAGCUUCAUCUACUGGCCCCCAGCACCCACUGGCACUUUUUUUGAGCAGAUGCUACAUUACCGUGUGCAAGUGCGGCAUAGGACGAUGUUCAGCAGCACCACCACCUCUCUGACGGUGCGAGUUUCCUGGAGCAUCCCAAUGACGACGACCUGUGGAGUCCUGGUCGGCUCGAGCACCAUGCAGCAGACGGACCCGCUCGACUUCACCGGAAGCCGCGAGUUUUUGGAGGUGCGCAUCAUUGGCCUCGUCCCGUUCACACAGUACACCGUGACUUGCACAGGGGUCGCGAUCGGCGACACUGUGGUGACUGCGAGUGUCUCGAAGAGCGGCCUGUCCACGGAACCGGAUACCAACGAUCGGCUGUCUGACAUCGUCGUUACCAUCCAGGCCGUGUGCAACAUCUUCGCGGCCGUGAACGCCUCCGGAACGAAUGAGUCCGUGGCGAACGUGUCUCAGGUCCUCGUUCCAGUGGAGGCUGCGUUGCUACCAGUGUUCGAUCCCACGCUGCGUCAGUACCAGCUGAUCUUGGAUGCAGAGGACGCCCGCGACCUCUGUGGCACGAGCGAGAGCGAAGCCGUCUUCAGGAUCCAAGUGACCGCCAUCACACAAAGUCCUUUUGCAACCGCAGUGGUCGACCAGCCAGUUCUGAUUAUGGCACAGCGCCUCCCGGACUCGACGGGCUUCCUUCCGCCGGAAGCGCCACGCAGCCAGGUAAGCCAGGCGAGGCUGUAA